UGUGCGCAGACGCCUGGGGAUAGUAGUUUCGGCCGCGUGGAUGUGGAACUGAGCCGGGUGGCGGGGAACUCACCUUCCCAGCGACCCGUUUGACAGGGCGGGGCGCCUCACGAAGAUGGUGGCGCGCGCGGCGUGUGGCUCCUGUCGUCUUCCCCAGUCUCAACUCAGCGCACCGGCCAGCGUUUCGCUGGUUUGGAGUCCCCGCCCUCCCGGUCCCUGACCCCGCGCCCCCUUACCGUGUCCCCGACUCCUAGUUCCAGGAAUGCCUCGUGCUCGUAAGGGCAAUGCGCUCCGCAAGGGCGGUCAGCGCCGUGGAGGAGGUGCCAGGAGCAGUACCCAAGCCGACUCAGGUUCCAGUGAGGAUGAAGCAGCCAGUGAGGCCCGGAGUACUACCAGUGACUGUCCCAGCCUGCUCAGUACCACUGCGGAGGACUGCCUGGGUGGGGAAGCUGUGGAUGAGCAGAGCCAACAGGAAAACCUGGAGGAAAAGCUGAAGGACUGCGUGGACUGCCUCACCGACAAGAGUGCCAAGACCCGGCAAGGAGCUCUUGAGAGCCUGCGCCUGGCCUUGGCCUCCCACCUGCUCCCUGACUUCCUGCUGGAACGCAGCCUCACGCUGGCAGAUGCCCUGGAAAAGUGCCUUAAGAAAGGGAAGGGUGAAGAACAGGCCCUGGCUGCUGCUGUGCUGGGCCUGCUCUGUGUGCAGUUGGGCCCUGGACCCAAGGGCGAGGAGCUGUUCCAUAGCCUGCAGCCGCUGCUAACCUCGGUGCUCAGUGACAGUGCAGCAAGCCCCACUGCCCGGCUCCAUUGUGCUUCUGCUCUUGGUUUGGGCUGCUAUGUGGCUGCCACAGAUGUCCAGGACCUGGUCUCUUGCUUGACCUGCUUGGAAGGUAUUUUCAGCUGGUCUUGUGGCACUAGUGGCUCCACUGCUGCUCUGGUCCCUGCCAGCCUACAUGGUCUGCUCUGUGCUGCCCUGCAGGCCUGGGCAUUGCUGCUCACCAUCUGUCCUGGUACCCACAUCAGCCACAUCCUUGACAGGCAGCUGCCCCGGCUGCCGAAGCUCUUGUCCAGUGAAAGUGUGAACCUGCGGAUUGCUGCUGGGGAAGCCAUCGCACUGCUCUUUGAGCUUGCCCGGGACCUUGAGGAGGACUUUGUUUAUGAGGACAUGGAGGCUCUCUGCAGUUCCUUGCAUACUCUAGGUGGUGAAUAUGAGGAAGAAACAAUCCGCUUUGGACUGGAAGUGCUCUGCAUAGACAGCUGGGCUCGCCACCGCAUCUACACAGCCUUCAAGGAUGUGUUGGGCUCAGGCAUGCACUAUCACCUCCAGAACAACGAGCUUCUCCGUGACAUCUUUGGCCUGGGCCCUGUGCUGGUGCUGGAUGCCGCUACCCUGAAGGCCUGCAAGAUCUCACGUUUUGAAAAGCACCUGUACAAUGCUGCCGCCUUCAAAGCUCGGACCAAGGCCCGGAGUCGUGCGAGGGACAAGCGGGCAGAUGUCUUGUGAAGCUGACUGGCCAAUGAGAAGGCUACUCAUACCCUUACCAUAUUUUUAACAGAAGACAGUGCAAGAACUGGUCCCCGCCAGCAAUUGUCACUUUAUUUUUUUUUUUUAAUGAUGAAACCAAAAAUAGACAAAUGUGGGAGGGCCAUGGGAUCAGGACACUUAAGACUCUGGCCCUUUGUGUCUGCACUCAGCCCUGUGGCUAUGGCCUCUGUCCUGUCUCAGGUGAAACCAAAUGCGAGCUGGUCCCAGAGCUGAGGGGCAGGUGAGAAAGGACUACCCCUUUUCUUUUUUAGAUCUUGCCCCCUAGGGCCACUUCCUUUGGGGGGUCUGGCACCUGUCCACCAUGGUAUAGGGUAGGCAAAGCUGCCUAGAAUGGAUGUGUGCUGAUUUUUAAAAAUAAGAGAGAAUUAAACAGUACUUAUUCCCCA